CCUAUUGGACUUUUGACGCCACGGGGAUCCUUUGAAUGAUGAACAGGGAGUUCAUGCGUUUGUAAUAGAGCAUAAUCAGGGAAUACUUACUCAUCGUGCUCCGUGGCGUCGGUGGGCCGAAAGGAAGCAUUAUCCAUCACGACAGUUAAGUUGAUUAUAGGUAAGGCCUUACAAAGUAAUGACUAAGGAUCAUGAAAUGAAUCCGCUCAUGUAUCAUUAUUUCCCCGCUGCUACCGCUCCUCUCUCAUUUUGUGCCUAGCUCUAGCCAUAUAUAUCAUAAGGCGCGAUGCUACACCACAACCAGUAUUCUUUGUUGCGGCACAAGAACCACAGACUCAUGAUCGUGGAACCAUACACUUUUGACCAUAUACCUAGACACUUACGUACCUAACCCUCACUGUUCUCUCAUCGGACAUUUUUUGCUAUCAACCAACGCACCAUGUCAGACUCAAAACCAUUCAACGUCGCUAUUGUCGGAGGAGGUAUUAGCGGAAUCUCACUGGCUAUCGGUCUCUACAAGAAGAAUGUGCCCUUCACGGUCUACGAGUCGGCAUCGAAAUUUGGGGAGAUCGGCGCCGGCUUGGGUUUCGGGCCAAACGCUGUUAAAGCCAUGGGGCUCAUCUCCCCAGACAUCGUCGAAGGGUACGAGCGGUGCGUGACACACGGGUGGAAGUCCAAGGAGAGAGACUGGUUUACGAUCCGCGUCGGCGACGAACGCAAGGCCGGCCCGGAUGGAAUUCUGAAGCAGAAGGAGAAGGAGGGAUUGAAAGUCGGAGAUCCCCUCUUCGAUGUUCGCUACACUAAUGAUGGCCUUGCUGGUGGUGUGCACCGCGCCCAUUUCUUGGACGAGAUGCUCAAGUUGAUACCCAGCUCCGUGUCGAAGUUUGGGAAGAGGUUGGUAAACAUCACGACCGCUACCGACGGGUCUCAAGACGCUGUACUGCAUUUCGCGGAUGGGACAACGGCACAGCAUAGCGCUGUAAUUGGUUGUGAUGGAAUAAAAUCCAAGACUAGGGAGAUUUUAUUGGGAGAAAAUGAAGGAAAGGCUUUGUUUUCUGGAAAAUACGCGUAUAGGGGAUUGGUACCCAUGGAAAAAGCUGUCGAGUUGCUCGGUGAGGAAUUAGCUUGGAACUGUCAGCUUUUCAUGGGUUACCACGGCCACCUGCUUACCUUCCCAAUCGAAAAGGGAAAGACAAUGAAUGUUGUCGCUUUCAGCUCUUGCGAUACUUGGACCGAUCCCCAGUGGGUGGUAAAGACGACAAAGGAGAAAAUGCUUGAAGACUUCAGUACAUGGGGCCCUAUGGUGGUCAAGAUUGUCGAAGCUAUGGGGAAACGAGAUAUCUGGGCUUUGUUCAACGACCCUCCUGCGUCAACCUACUACAGUACAAGUCCGCGCAUCUGCCUCCUCGGCGACGCCGCGCAUGCAACAACUCCGCACCAGGGGUCUGGAGCAGGCAUGUGCAUCGAAGACAGUUACAUCCUCAGCAGCUUAAUUGGAGAAGCCGGAAGCAUACAAGACCUCGACAGGGCUUUCAAGGCAUACGAUGAGGUGAGACGACCCAGGACUCAGAAGUUAGUCGAAACAAGUAGAGAGGCGGGUAUGCUGUAUGACUUCGAACUCGAAGGUGAUGACCUUGAUGCGAUUGAGAAGAACCUCAAAGCCCGGAUGAGCUGGAUUUGGGAUGUGGAUUUGCAGCAAGAGCUAGGCAAGGCUCUUUCGAUCUUUAUAGCUUAAUUGGGGGUGCAUGAAUGUAGAAGGUUGCAUAUGAG